AUGUUGACAACGAUGCUGCUUCCAAACUUGGACGACAGUGGCGACGUUGAUCAGCAGGCUUACAGCUCGCUGGAGCAGAGGUACCAAGAGCGAUCCAUCGAGUGCAUGCAGCUGCAAGAGUCGAUGAUCAAGCUACAAACAGAACUCGAUAUGGCAAAGAAAGAGAUCUCCCAGCUCAGGGAAGAAUCGAUAGAGAAAGACCUGAGAAUCAUGCAGCUGGAAGAGAAGCAGGCCCAGAGCUCGUCAGAGCUCUCUUCCACCAAGGUGGAAACUAGCAUCCUGGAGAUGCAACUGGUGGACAAGCAGCAUUCGUUCCAAGAGCUCCAAGAAGCUGUUGAGUACUACAGGAGGACGCAGAGGCAGUUGUACAUCCAAGUUGCCAACAUGCAGAAGGAACAGGACGAUGAUGUCAGGAAGCUGGCAGAAAGGGAAGCGACGUUGGGAUUCUUUCACCAGGACCUCGUUGCUCAGGUGUUCGUCCUGUAUGCCAUGGCGCAGGCGCAGAGCUACAGGGGCUCGGGACCAGCGACGUCAAGGCUGCUGGAGAUGAUGGAGCAAGAAGAGUCAGCUCAAGCGUUUGUGUUCCUGGGGUUGUCGAGCCUGUGUGAAGAUCAAGACAGGAAGGAAGCGGUCUGCAAGGAGUGUGAUAGGAUUCUCCCUCAGUUGAUCAAGGUUAUGAACGGAGGAGGGCUGAGGUCGAGGAGGUACGCAACGCUGCUCAUGAUGAGCCUGUGCAAGACGGAUCAAGGGAGGAGGCGGGUGUGCGAUCGGAAGGAAGUCGUCCAGAUGGUGCUUCACAUGCUGUCCGAUCGAGAUGCUCUUACUGUGAAGUAUGCAAUCCAUGCACUCUGGUGGCUCCACUCCGAUCGUUCCCUCAGGAAGAAAGCUGUCGCUGCUGCCAAGGACGUGAAUGUCUAUGAAGCUCUGCGCGACCUCAGAGCACAGGAUGACAUCACGACGGCCCUCGCGUUGGAGGUGAGGAGGUUAUACAACACAGAUGAGAAAGUUUCCGACGUUUGA